GACAAAAGUCGUCAAACGAGUACACUACAACAGCUGCCAUUACUACACAAAGAAAGAUAUAAAAAACACGAUUUACUAUGGAAAUUCUCGAACUCGUCCACCAAGAACACGCUCCCACUGAAGAGCGACCUUUCGCUUGUGCGGUUUCGAGUUGCAACAAGACGUUUGGCCGCCGUUCGGAUCUUGUACGUCAUUCUCGAAUCCACACGAACGAACGGCCAUUUAAAUGCCGAGAACCCGACUGCGGCAAAAGCUUCAUUCAGCGUUCCGCCCUGACUGUACAUAUGCGCACACAUUCGGGCGAAAGACCGCAUGUCUGUGAAUAUCCUGCCUGCAACAAAAGCUUCAGCGAUAGCAGCUCCCUCGCGAGGCACAGACGCACGCAUACUGGCAAACGACCCUACAGAUGCCCAUUUGACGACUGCACCAAAAGCUUCGUCCGCAAAACCAUGCUCACCAAACACAUGAAACAUGAUCACACAACCAACGGAAAACGCCCGCAAGUGCAAUGGCGUCCUUUCAUCGAAGAACGUCGAAUGCAACAGCAGCAGCAACAGCAGCAGCCAUGCAGCUGUGCAGAAUGCUGGCAACAAUCGCCUCCCCCACCGCUUCUUGCUGCUGCUGCUGAAAGCCCUUGCUCUUCCUCGGACGAAUUCCAGCCUUCCUCGUUCCCAUCUUCGCCACAAAGCGGUUCCUGGAGCCAAUGUCCGCCGUUGUUGCCAAUGCCGUAUCGACGAUCCUCGAGCUUCUCUUCGACAUACAGCCAGGACACUGUCUUGCCUAGCUUGUCAACAUUCAUGUAUUAUCAUGACGCCAAGGAAGACCACCGACGCGACAGCGGAAUCUCAUUAUUCUCGGCAUAAACGACCCAACAACUCAUUACCAACAAACCAACAGAAACAACGCGUGCGUUGUUUCGAGGACUUUUAUCCUCAUCCAACAUCCAUCCUCAAUUCUUCAUCACUCACUCUUUCCUUUAUCAUGUCGCUCUUUAUAAUAACCACCCCAUUUACUACACUCAUAUUACACACUCUCUUUCUCCCGCCUUCUACUUUUUCUUUUGACCUAAACAUCGUACCCUUUCA